AGGGCGGGGCCGGAGCGGCCGCGGCGUCCAGCCAGGACCUCGGCGUUCAUUCAGCUGGUGCCGCGUCACCUCCCACGUUCGUGGUCAGGAGGUUUGAGAAAAGAAAGGGCCCCCCACGGUGCGUGGCGACACCCAGUGCGGAGACCGGGGCCCGGAGCCCGGCGGACGGGGCGGACCGGCCCGCGCACCUCGAGCGCGGGAGGCGGAGCUAAGCCGGCGCGCCUGCCCCGAGCCUGCGCCGCGGGCUGUCCAGUCGCUUCUCCAAGUCGCGAAGCCGCAGAAGGAGGGAUCCAGGGAAGAGCACCGGCCGGCUGUCCUCUCCGCGCUGCGCGCCGCACCAUGCUGGUCCUCCGAAGCGGCCUGACCAGGGCUCUGGCCGCGCGGGCCUGGACGCCUCAGGUGUACUCAUCUUUUGCUACGGGACCUAGACAAAGCGAUGGAACAUUCUAUGAAUUUCGUACCUAUUCUCUUAAGCCUUCAAAGAUGAAUCAGUUUCUGGAAAAUUUUAAGAAAAACGUACACCUUCGGACAGCUCACUCUGAAUUGGUUGGAUACUGGAGUGUAGAAUUUGGAGGCAGAAUGAAUAAAGCAUUUCAUAUUUGGAAGUAUGAUAAUUUUGCUCAUCGCAUUGAAGUUCGGAAAGCCUUGGCCAAAGAUAAGGAAUGGCAAGAACAAUUCCUCAUUCCAAAUUUGGCUCUUAUGGAUAAACAAGAGAGUGAGAUUACAUAUCUGGUACCAUGGUGCAAAUUAGAAAAGCCUCCAAAGGAAGGAGUCUAUGAACUGGUUACUUUUCAGAUGAAACCCGGUGGGCCAGCUGUAUGGGGUGACACAUUUAAAAAGGCAAUUAAUGCCCACGUCAUUCUAGGCUACUCCAAACUAGUUGGAGUUUUCCACACAGAAUAUGGAGCACUCAACAGAGUUCAUGUUCUCUGGUGGAAUGAGAGUGCGGAUAGUCGUGCAGCCGGGAGACAUAAGGCUCAUGAGGAUCCCAGAGUCGUGGCGGCUGUUCGGGAAUGUGUCAAUUACCUAGUGUCUCAGCAGAAUAUGCUUCUGAUUCCUACAUCGUUUUCACCGUUGAAAUAGUUUUCCACUGAAAUACAAAGCAUUUCAAGAACUGUCUUAAGAUGUGUCUGCUAAUGGUACUUAAAUGCUCCCAAGGGUGUCUCACUCUUAUUUGAAGAAGGUGGUAAGUUAAUUCGCUAUGUCUGCAUUUCUAAAGCCACCUCUGUUCUUUGUCAUUGCCACCUCCAAAGGUAGUUCUGUUCAUUGUCCCUCCCCAUGGCGUUUCAGUAGCUAUGCUGUAGAAAUAGUUGCCACUAUUUAUGAUCUUGAUUUUUCAUAGUAUCUUAUUCUCUAUUUUGAUGACCCUUUGCUUUAUAGCAUUUUCUUAUAUUUAAAUGAUGUUUUUACAUUUCUGUGCCUGACAGUAUUUUAAAAUUAUUUACAUGCAAUGUCUGUAUUUUCAACAUGUCUGUUUUUUCUGAAAUUUAAAAAAAAUAAUUUGCCCAAAAAUUUAUUUUGUGAUAGCAAAUGGGAUUCGUAAGAAUAUCAGAUCAAAUGUAUUUCUUUACCUUGGGAAAGUGCAGUAUCACUGUGUCAUCUGUAUCAAUUAUGGUUUUCACAUUAAUUGUUUGUCACUCUAAUUUGGAAAAUAAUGUAAUUAGUUCUCAAUGUUAAAAAUAACUUCAGAAAACUUGUUUCAUAUGCUGAAAUGUAUACAUGUAUAGUUAAUUUUAUUAAUUUUGUUCAUUUUAGAUGGCUAAUAAAAAUACUUGUGACAUCUAUUUGUUUUUAAAAGAGAUUUUUGUGGUCAUGGAAAUACUUGCCCUAAUAAAAGCCUACAUAUCCACUC